AUGACUUCAGUAUACACUACGGUUAAAUCGACUGUGCAACUCCACUGUCGUACCCUGGCGAGGACGUCCGACCAUAAGGAAACUAAUUCCUUGCACGAGUUAAUCCACAAGGAAUCCAGUAUUCAUUUGUUUACGAUGUUGUUAAACGCCGAAGAGAUUAUUGAAAAAAUCGACAAUGGACUGUCGUCUUCGUCCGAUGCUGACGAUACUUCGACAAUCUUUCCAAGCUUACCAGUCCAUUCGGUUACGUCGUACAGUUCCAACAGCAGCAAGAGUAUCGGCCUGUCGGGGAUGAGAUUUGUCGUCAUCAGUAUAAUGUCUACAGUGUUUUUACUCCAAUCAUUUUCUCAGUCCAUCUGGAGCGCUAUACACGAGCCGGCACUGUUGGCUUUUCCAAACUGGACCAGCAGAUCGCUGUCCUUGUUGCCCAUAUGGGGUAGCCUGAUGACUGCGGUGCUAGUGUUCCCAGCAUGUCUGACGAUCAAUAAAUACGGAUUGAAAUUGAGCCUGUUAUGGUCGUGUUAUUUUUUCACGUUGGGCACGGCUGUAAGAUGUAUGCCGACCAUGUACUCGUGUACGAUGUGUUUGCACUUGUCGGCCAUAUGUCAGUCCGUGGGCGGCGUGGAGAUGACGCCUCUGAUAAUAACCAUGUCGGCGCAGUGGUUCCCGAAGAACGAGCGGAACAUGGCAACUGGUUUCUGCCUGGCAGUUAGGAUGCUAGGAUCGGCGGCCACGUACAUAAUCGUCCCCAACGUGGUGUCGGUGGUGAAUAACGGACCGCUGAAACCGUUCAUCAUGAGGAGUCAGAUCAUGCACAUGUUGUACGCAUGCCUGGCUCUGAACGUGUUCGUCACGCUUUUGGUGUACAUGUUCUUCCCGAAACGCACUACGCCGCUGACGUACGAGUCGAAACUGUCGAUGGAGUCGCACCAGAGCGCCAAAAUGUUUCACUCGCUCAAAACGCUCGUCACGAAUCUCGACGUUUGGUGUCUCGUGUUUGCCUUCACAUUGUCCAACACGAUGUCAGUUCCGUGGGCGGCGCUGAUACCAUCAACUUUUUCCAAACUCCACGUGCCACCCGAAUUCACGACCGAAUGCAAUUUUUUCAUGAUUCUUCACGCUUUUGCCCUCAGCUUGUCGAUCAGCACGUUUGCGGACCGCUCCCCCGGCAACAGCAAAACAUUCAUUCUGGCCACCCGUUGUGUGUCGACGUUUUUCCUCUGCUGGCUGAUGCUCAUGAUGAACUUCAAAUUCAAGCUCACGGCCCUCAUCUUGCAAUGCGUAGUCCUGAUAGCAUUCCCGUACGCCUGGUGUAGCCAGUCGCUACUGUACGAAAUGGGCGCUGAAAUGAUGUACCCGUUGCCCGAAUGUUUCGUCGCGGCCUACAUGACGCUGUUGAACAACCUGUUCGUGGACAUUGUAUACGUAGUGUUUUCUUGGCUUAAAUACCCACCCAUUCAGGGUUGUUCAAUUCCGGUGACGUACGUGACGCAGCAGCCUCCGCCUCCAAAUCCGGAAAGUGUUGUCGCCGCGUCCUUCGAUUUUCCGCCGUCGCCGCUGCUUCCAAAAUGCUACGUGGAGCCGGCUUGGUUCGAUAUGGCCCGCCACUUCUUCCGUUUGCGUGGCCGCAUCCUUGUUCACGUACCCGCCCCCGCCGCUGCAUUGAUCCGGGGAAGCGCGGAACGGCAGUUCAGGCGCUCCAACCGGAAGUAG